AUGAGGAGGACGACGACCCUCCUUGUUCUGCUUUUAAUAGUGACCCUAUUUGAUUCCACCGGAGCGAUUCAGAUUGUGGAUCUCUCUGGUUUGGAGGAGCAUGAAAAGUUAUCCUUGCGAGUCUGUGCUGGAUUGUUCAACCGUCCAGAGAAUCAGGGGGAACCUGUUUAUCUGCAUGGAGGAGAGAGGGAUCAAUCCUGGCUCGUGGAUGUUGGAUUAAUUGAUGAUGAUGCAUCAUAUGAAGGAUCUCUGAUUCCUGCAGAAGACUUCUUGGUUCAAUGUUUUCAUGAAUCAAAUAGAGCUGCAGUCAAGGGAUACAUCCGCUAUUCCUUCACAGGCCAACUUGCCCUCCUGCCCAACAUCAUUACGUUGGCAGGCGUUCUAGAUGCCAUUCCUAUAUUUGAUUUUGCUCCCGUAUCCUUGGCGAUAUCGGAACUGCCAAAGCAAACAACCAGAAGUAGUAUCAAUUUUGUCAACUUGGUACAAGACUCUGGUAUACCUCUGCUCUUGGAUGCUACUUCUGAAUUUGAAGGCUUUACGGCAUUGGAUGCUACACGAUAUGUCUUUGAGAACUAUGGACAAAUGACUCAAGGGGGUAUUGCCAAGAUGAAUCCUGGGUACAAACCAGCUGAAGACCUUGGUGGAUUGGGAGAAUGGACACCAGAGUUAGUUCCUGGAAACUCGAGGCUGAGACUAUCUGAUUUUGUUAUUCAGCAACGACUAUUUGCCUUCUACUUGUGGUUUGGGUGCAUCCAGGGAGAUCCCGAAGAGCAGUAUGUGAGCUACAUGACCAAUCCAAAUAACAACCCUUGGCCCAAUCCGAUUCCUGUUUAUGGUUAUGAUCGAACUUUCACAGUAUUUCAAGGGGAUUUUUUUGAAGCGAAUACACAUUGUGGCAACCAUUGGAACAUGGGAACAAUUGCCACAGAGACAGUUACAAACCUGAGCUUCUUCAAUCGAGCACCGGCUGGCACAUCCUCCUCAUCACCUAUAGUGCCCCUGGCAGUGCAAGAUCCUGUAUACAAUCCUGACAAGAACUACAUUGCAGUAGUUGUGGGUGAUGGUGACAAUUUGUCAUUUGUUGAAGAUUGGCGCGUAGAUUGGAUGAAGGAACGAGUACGAUAUUGUUCUGAACGGCCUCCAGACCAACAAGUGCUAUCCUUGGCCAAUGGCGAUCCAGCCUUCCAACCUAUAUGUUAUCCUCUCUCGUGGUCCAUGUCACCUCACCUACCCAUAUUGGCCCCGGAAAUGUGGCAGUGGUAUCAAGACAGUGCAUUCAAUGCCACUCAGGGAUUGGACACAUUUGUUCUGCCUCCCUCUGGACAUUUGUACGGCUACCCAGGGUUGAUGGGCCCACAAACACAAGCUGAAUUUAUUCGACUCACAGAACAAGAUGCCAGAACUCUCAACACUAAUACCAUGGUUGCAUGGGAAUGGGUUGGCACCUGGAACAAUGCCUUUACCAACUACUUUCCAAGAUACACAAACAAUGGGGUCAUUGAGUCUGUGUUGGCUAUGAAUGUCCCUUAUGCUCUCCCCAUUGUCACGUAUCCCUUCUUGGACAACACCUACCGGAUUAUUGGUGGAAACCUGGCAGUGUUCGAUACAGUGUUUUGGCGGGGAGUUGACAAUCGAGAUGACUUUCAUGUUAGUGCAGACCAAAUGGCAAAUCGAAUCAACAACUUUCCUCGUGGAUACAUCAACUACAUCUACACAUCCAGUGAUGGUGGAUUAGAGUUGGACGAUAUUCAUGACAUGAUGUUGUUGUUGGAUGGCCAUGUAGAAGUGGUUGAUUCAAGUCAAAUGGCAAGCCUGGCAAAGCAAAAGGGGAAUCCUCCUGACCUUGGGCAGGAUAUAUUGGAUGAGUUACAAAACUUGCCUGAAGUCAUCCUUGGUGACAAUGCAGAAGAUGUGGUGGAUAUCCUGAAUGGAUUCAUUGAUGGCAUCUUUCGCACAAGUGAAUCCAAAGAGCAACCCAAAGGUGCUCUUCGCCAGUCCAAUCCAGACAUGUUUGGAUUCUGA